CUUUUUGAUUAUCUAUAUAAGUUUUUCCAUUAGCCAUUAGGUGUCUCACUUCUCAUUCACCAUAUUCAAUCUCCAGGGGAAGAAGACUACCUGCAAUGAUGUCCAGAGGUGGAUAUAUUCGCUACUUUCCUAUCUUUUCUACUCUUCUUGCUAUUACCUUGACUGCAGGUCUUGUAGCUGUAAAUGGAGAUGUGGAAAAGGAUUUUUACAUAAUUUUCUUGAGAGAUCAACCCAUCUUUUCGAGAGAACUGUCAGUUGACGAAGAAUCUUUGUUUAAGUUACAUAUUGAUGUCCUUUCAACCUUGAAGGGAAGCGAUGUUGAUGCUAAGGAGUCCCAUGUUUAUAGCUAUACAAAAAUCUUCAAUGCGUUUGCUGCAAAACUAUCUCGAGAUGAAGUCAAAAAGUUAUCCCGCAUGGAUGAGGUGCAUGCUGUUUUCAAAAAUCAAUAUCAAAAGUUACUUACAACUCGAUCAUGGGACUUCCUUGGUUUUCCUCAAACCAUACGAAGAAAUUUGAAAAUGGAGAGGGACAUUAUUAUUGGUGUACUAGAUUCAGGUAUCACUCCAAAUUCAGAAAGCUUUAAGGACGAUGGAUUGGGUCCUCCACCAGUGAGAUGGAAAGGAAGUUGUGGCCCCUUUGUUAAUUUUUCAGGAUGCAACAACAAGCUUAUAGGAGCCAAAUACUUCAAGUUAGACCAAGAACAACUCCCAGCUGGGGAAAUAUUGUCACCGGUAGAUGUGGAAGGGCACGGGACUCAUGUAUCAUCAACAGCUGCUGGAAGUGUUGUAGCAAAUGCAAGCGUAUAUGGACUUGGUAGAGGGACUGCACGCGGAGCAGUGCCGUCGGCGAGAUUGGCUAUGUACAAGGUGUGCUGGGGUGGAUGUGCAGAUAUGGACCUUCUUGCUGCCUUCGAAGCCGCUAUCAGUGAUGGUGUUGAUAUAAUAUCCCUGUCUAUUGGUUCUCCAUCAAAAGAUAUCUUGACCGCUAUAGGAGUGGCUUCAUUUUUGGCCAUGAGAGCUGGUGUCAUCACUGUUGCUUCUGCUGGAAAUGAUGGACCAACUCCCGGUACCGUCGAAAACCAUGCACCCUGGAUUUUGACAGUGGCAGCUACUGGUAUUGAUCGCCAAUUCAGGAGCAAAGUUGUGUUAGGCAAUGGCAAAACCACUUCAGGAAAGGAAAUAAACACAUUCAACCCAAAGCGAAAAUUUUACCCACUUGUUAGCGGGGCAGAUGCAGCCAAAGCAUAUGCGAGUAAGGAAAAUGCAAGUCAUUGUAUUGAGAACUCAAUAGACCCUGUCAAGGUGAAAGGAAAACUUGUCUUGUGCAAUUUAGUGGAACUUAAUACUGAUUCUUAUAUCAAAAGCAUUGGAGGGAUUGGCACUAUCUUCAAUGCUGAUGACUUAGAUAUCGCUGAACCAAUUUACAUGGCACCAGCAACCGCAGUGAAUUCCACCGAAGUUGAACCCAUUAAUGACUAUAUACACUCUCAAAGAUCUCCAUCUGCAGUGAUACAUAAGUCACAAGAAGUUAAAAUCCCAGCUCCAUUUAUGUAUUUUGCCUCAUCUCGGGGUCCAAGUCCAGGAUCAGAAUACAUUCUCAAGCCUGAUAUUGCAGCUCCGGGUGUUGGUAUCUUGGCAGCAUACACCCCUCUGGCGACACUUACCGGGCGUAAAGGUGACACCCAACAUUCGAAAUUCUCAUUCAUGACUGGAACUUCUAUGGCAUUUCCACACAUUAGUAGUGUAGCUGGCUAUGUAAAGUCAUUCCACCCGGAUUGGCCCCCGACUGUAAUAAAAUCCGCUAUAAUGACAACUGGUAGGACCAACCUAUCUUCUCGUGUGGAUAGUGAUGCUGAAUUCGCCUACGGUGCCUGUCAAAUGAACCCAACUAAAGCAGUGAACCCCGGCCUAGUCUACAACAUUGGUAAUGAAGAUGAUUACAUUCCAUUUCUAUGCCGAGAGGGCUACAGUGGAUCCAUUCUUGCCUUAUUAUUCAGUUAUAAUGUGAAUUGCUCGGAUUAUCCUCCUCCAACAAGUCAUGAUGCUCUUAACUAUCCCACUAUGCAACUUCACUUGAAAAACACUCAACGCCCAACCACAGUCGUUUUCCAAAGGACGGUCACUAAUGUUGGUCCUUCUCCAUCCAUUUACAAUGCCACCAUUACAGCACCCAAAGGAGUGGAGAUCACUGUCAAGCCCAUGAGUCUCUCCUUCUCUACUGCCUUCCAGGAGCGGAACUUCAGGGUCGUGGUGAAAGCGCAACCCAUGUCUAAGGGUGUAAAAAUUAUAUCAUCUUCGCUCUCAUGGAGAAGCUCUAGACAUGUUUUCAGGAGUCCAAUUGUUAUUUAUCAAUGAGAAGAUCGACUUACCCUGCAA